GAAACGUGCAACAACGUUUUAAAGAAGGUGGAAAAAGAAGGAACAGAGGCUCAAGUCCGUCUAGAUCUCCACAAGAAGGUGAUGAAAAUGUUGGGAGAAAGAUUCGAGAAUGAAGUGAAAAAUGGAAUAGUUCAAAAAAAGAAAAUGGAUGUUGGAGAAUUGUUAAUUCUGCUGAUGAGAUUUUUCGACAUGGCCAGCGUCUACCCACAAGUUUUUUAACUUUUCCAAGCGAAGGAAAACCUCCCAGAAUUGUUCAAAAAUUGGAGAGAGGUGAAUUAACAAUUGAAGGGAUGAGGCAGGAAUAUCAACUUGGAAAGCUUUUGAGAACAUUUUAUGGAGAUUUUUUGGGUGAAAUGUACCGGCCUAGAGAGAUAAACAUCAAAAGUGGCCGUGACAACCGAACAUUGACAAGCGCCCAGUUAUUACUUGCCGGCCUAUUCCCUCCUUUAAACGAACAAAUUUGGGACAACCAGCUUUUGUGGCAGCCAAUACCGAUCGAAACUGUUGAAAUUUUGGACCAUCAAUCUUUUGGGAUGUUUGACCAUUGCCCUGAAGGAGAGAGGAAUUUAAAAGAAGGGGAAGGAUAUAAGAGGCUGGAGGGGUUAUUUAAAGAAGAAAUUGAAAGAAUGGAGAAAGACACGCAAAUGAAGAUUGAUGGAAUUUUUAUACUUCAACGAGUGUUGGAUAGCAUCGUUACAAGGUCAAAACUGCCUCAAAUUCUUCCUUUGCCUGCUUGGGCCAACUCUUCAAAAUAUUUGGAGGAAAGAAGGAAAAAACAUUUAUCUCUUCAUAUUGGCCUAAUCGAUUUAUUUUUGGAAAGUAUGGGAGGUUGGCAUUUUGAUCAAAUUUUGGGAAGGAUGGAUGAUGCUGUUGGGAAAAGGAAUCAUCAAAAAUCGGUCUUGUACUCAGCGCACGACACAAACAUUUUAACGCUCGGGCGCUUUCUAGGCAUUGAACACAUCAACUCAAUCCUUUCGGAUUAUGCCAGCUUUUUGGUUUUUGAAUUACACAGCAAUAAAAGUUUUGAUGGGGAAGAAUAUUUUGUGGAGAUAAAAUUUCGUAAUGGAUUGAAUGCAACAACAGAAACGUUAAAAAUUGAGAAUUGUCAAAAUCCUUGUCCUCUUGCAAAAUUUCGCAGUCUUAAACAACGCGUGACCAGUGCCCAGUGGAUGCGACAAUGUUUAGGGUCAGAACUUUUGGAUUAUCAAUGUGGAACGUAUGGGCCUGUUGCGGGUAAAUUUUAUUUAAUUCUGAUUUUUUUCUAA